CCCAAAAGGAGGUGUACGUCAAAAAUCGGUACGUGUUCGAGGUAAUUCUGAAAGAUUAUAACAAGAUGCCAUCACUUCACAUGUUAGGUCAUAUGGUUGCCAUGGCAGUGAUCGCUACCCUGGUGAAACAGAUCAUGGAAUUAAAUGCAGAGGUCAAUAAGUUAAAGGAUCAUCUAGAUAACAUUAAAGACCCUCCAGGAUGUAUGCAUCAGAUUAUUGAAGGGAAUGAGAGAACUGAAGAAUCUUCAGAGGAUGAAAACAAAUCAGGGGGAGGAGAAGAAGUGUCAAGUGAACUGGAUGAAGAAAAAGUGAAAAGUAACUUUGUUGAAGAAGUUGUAUUGACUGAUGAUAUCGAUACAGCUGGUCAAGACAUUUUGGAACAUUCUUCUGUGUAUUCUUCUGUUUGGUGUCAUGAUGGUUUUAAUCAAGUAUGCCAGUUUGAAAAUAUUUGUUACAAUAACCAAGCUGAUGAAUUUGUUAUGUUCAAACAUGAAUCAAGCAUAUUUGAAAAUGUCAUAGAAGAACAUGGUUCUAUAACACUUGAUUUGUCAUCAGUUAAAGAUCAUAAUGGAAUGGAGACUACAGUUGUCAGUUUACCAAGCUCUGCAUUGUCAAGUAUAAAAGUUAAAUGGGUGAAUGAAACAACAUUAGUGUUUAAACCAUUUUUGUCAGGCAAUCUAAUGCACAUGUUUCAUGAUGACAUCAUCCCUUUGCAUCACACAUUAAAACUUUUAACAAUGGGUAAUAGGUAUGAGAAAAAUAACCAUCCAUUUGAUGUACGGCUUUUCAUUUUUGACGAUGAAUUUGAUGUUGAUGAUGAAGUAAAACAAUUUUAUGAAGUUUUUUCAAGAUUUAAAAUCAAGUCAAAACAGGAUUUCCAAGGAAACGAAAUGACAUGUUUUAGAUCCAUUUUUAUCGGGUUGUCAAGGGCAACCACUUGGUAUGACUAUGGGUUUGCAAGUCCACAAGGACCAAUAUUGGAUCGUAGGGUUCAAAGUAGUCAUAUAAAAAGUACAGUAACGUAUCUUAGACAACAUUUGCCGAUUCCAUCCAUUUUGAAUUCUCAGGAAUAUAUAGUGCUGUUUUCAAGGAAGGAAAACAGAAAAAUUAUAAAUGAGAUGGAGUUGACUAUGAAAAUUUUAGGAACAUUUGGUAUCAAAGUUAUGAACCUUAACUUUGAGUCAUAUAGUUUAUUAGAACUCAUUUCUUACACAAGUCACUCUAAAGGUGUGAUAGCUAUGCAUGGAUCGCUGUUGAUUUUAAGCAUGUUUUUAAAUCCAGGUUGUUUUAUAAUUGAAUUAUUCCCAUAUGCCAUAAAUCCCUCAAAUUACACUCCAUAUAAGACUCUUUCACAACUUAAUGGAAUGGGUUUGAUUUAUAAAGCAUGGACCAAUCAGAUUAAAGAAAAUUCAAUCGGACAUCCUGAUUGGCCAGCUGAGUCAGGUGGUCUGUUUCAUUUGGAAGAGGAUAAAAGGGAGACAAUUCUUCAUCAGACUGAAGUCCCUCCACAUCUGUGCUGUAACGAUCCCUCUUGGUUAUAUCACAUCUAUCAAGAUACAGUGGUCAACUCGAGUGAUAUUUCAGAUUUAUUACAAGAGGUUUUGUCAGAAAGUUUGGCAAUGAAAAAAGCUGCUAAUAAUUCAGGUAAUUUAUUGCAUCCAUCCAAAGUGAAGAAUGUAUCGUGUCAUAUUUCAUACGCUGAUAACUCAGGGAAACAAGAUUCAAACGAAAACAAGACUCGGUUCUUAUCUGUCAAGUGGGACAUACCGUGGACAACAUUUUACAUGAAAUUUGAAAGUUUACAUUAUGAAAUAUUAUUUCAGAGCUUAGACAGUGACUCGGACAAAACUUCAACAUUUGUGUCAAGUAAUAAUAAGUUUGUUAUUGAUACUAAUUGUUCAGGGAAAUGUCAUGUGUGGAUAAGAGCUGUGAUAAAUAGUUAUUUAACAGGUGUUUAUAGUAAAGCUACAUUAUGCCAGCCUGAUUUUAAUUAAAAAAGUGAUACAAUUAACAUUAUUAUGGCAUGUGCAACUAAAGAUUUGCGGAUAUAUUAAUGUGUCAUAAUGAAUUUACUAAUACUAGUAAAUAUGUGUAACUUCAAAGGUUUGAAUGGUCGAUUAUGCAUUAAAAUCAUUCAUUCAUUCAGGAAUCAGGAUACUUUGUAACAGCUGGUCUGAUGAAUUUUUUACGUAGGAUCUUAGAUCAUCCAACAAAUCAUAUAUUGUGGAUUAAAGAAAUAAUUCAAGUGUUAUUUAUAUGAUGGAAAACUGUUAUGUACUUAAAAUGCUGGUAGUCUGGUACAAACUUGAUUUUAACUUCAUGAACAUUAGGUUUUCCAUUAUGUUGCUUGACUUUGGUAAGCUUUUCCUUACAUCGAGUUUCAUUUAUAGAAAACAUGUAUGAUAUAUUCUUAUGGGAAUAUGUAGCAUUUUUGAUAGGUUUACAUACACUCACUGUGUCUCAGAAAUGGUAUGUGAUAUGAUAGAAAAGUUUCAUUCAUUUCAAUCAAUUACUUUGAGCAUUACAUGUAUGUAGUCAUUCCCAAAUCAUGCUAUUCUACAUGUAUGAAUGGAAAUAAUUCAGUAAUGACAGUUUAAUGUAUCAUUAAUUUAAUACCAUCUUCUGGUAAAUUGUAAUCUAAAUAUGCUGCUGUUAACAUUUUAUGCAUUAAGACCUUUCCAUUUUAACACUGUUUAGUUUAUUCCACAAUUUUUAUGCAUUUUACAACAAAUAUGUCCAAUCAUGAAGGCUAGUUUCUCAGAAUGCUAAUAUUGCCAGUCAAAUUCAAAUUUAUAAACUUGACAGUUGAUACCCAAUAGAUUCACAUUUUGGCAAUAGAUUCACAUUUGGUAGAUAUAUACAUAACGGUACAUGUAUUCUGUAUAUUGUGAUAAUAAAGAAAAUGAUUCGUGUAUUUUGAAGACUAUUUCUUGAAAUUAAAGAUUUUUACUCAUGUAAUUGUCAAAAUAAAAGGCAAGUGCAAAAUAA